AUGUCUUUUCUUUUCGGCAGGAGCCACUCUUUUGAUCCCAGAAAGGAUAUUUCAAGCCUUUCUGGGCGGGUUAUUCUGGUGACUGGGGGCAACAAUGGUCUCGGAAAAGAAACCAUAAAGCAAUUGGCGGCGCACGACCCCACAAAGAUAUACAUGGGCGCUCGCAGCGCCAAGAAAGCAGAAGAAGCAAUUAUUGAUAUCAAACGAGAAGUUCCUUCUGCUGAGAUCGUGUUUCUGGACAUAGAUCUUGCGUCUUUCGCCUCGAUCAAACGCGCGGCUGAAACAUUCCUGUCCACAAACGACCGUCUCGAUAUUCUUAUCAACAACGCCGGUAUCUUUGCUGCUCCGCCUGGCUUGACCGACGAUGGUUACGAGGUCCAAUUUGGCACAAAUUACAUGGGUUCGGCACUGCUGACUCGACUACUUCUGCCGAUCCUCACCAAGACUGCUGAUACCGGGGCCGAUGUUCGCAUUGUGAACAUUAGCUCUGAGAUAUACCGAAACGCUCCCAAAGCCGGUAUACUUCUCAAGCAGGUAAAGACACCGCUCACCGAGAUCAGCACUGUCGCCCGUUAUGGUCACUCCAAACUCGCCAACAUAUACUUCGCGAGGUCUUGCGCCAAGAAGUUUCCCAGUAUUAAGUCGGUUUCUCUACACCCGGGGCUUGUCCGGACGAAUAUUGGAGGUGGAAUGACAGCCAACCCAGUUCUCUCAUUCAUUUUUCGUCUGUUCAGCUCAGUAGCUUCCGUGGAUGUUCCUACUGGCACACUCAAUCAGCUAUGGGCAAGUACCGCUGAUUCGGCUGAAGUGAAGAACGGAGCGUACUACAUCCCUUUCUUCAAGGAAGCGAAAAGAACGGGCAUCGAGAGUGGCAUGGACAAAGCGGAGGAAUUGUGGCAAUGGACAGAACGAGAGUUCAAGGAACAUGGCUUUUAG